AUGGCGGAUUUACGCCGCACGCGCCAAAUCACAAAGUCCGAGCUUCGCACGCUCAAGAAGCGCGUCGCGCAGCUGCGCAAGAAGGGCUUCGAUGUGUGGACCGACGAUGAGCUCGAGCGCGAGGGUUGGACGCUCGCGCCGCUCCCGCCGGCCGCGGCGGACGCGGCCACGCCGAGCAUGGCGCAGGCGGCGGACUGGGACUGCGGACUGGCGUGCGUGCAGAUGGCGCUGCUCUCGCUCGACGUGCCGCCGCCGGCGUGCUCGCUCAAGCAGCUCCGCGCACGGCUGUCGUCCGACUCGGUGUGGACCGCUGACCUGGUGUACCUGCUCGCGUCGUACGGCAUUCAGUGCGAGUACCUGACGUCGGAGCUGAGCGCGGGCGCCUCCAGCGCGGAGAAGGCGGGCUCCGCCUUUUACGCCUCGUCCCUCGAGGCGGACGCCGCGCGCGUGGACGCGCUCUUCGCGCGGGCCGCGUCAGAGGAGGGCGUCUCCAUUCGCUGCUGUAAGCUGGGUGCGAACGAGCUGUGGAACGCGCUGCGCGACGACGAUCAGCUCGCCAUCGUGUUGGUCGACGGGCGAAUGCUCUACGCACGCGCGGGCCGCCCGCCCGACGGCGACUUUGAAGGGCACUACGUGUUGCUCGUCGGCCUCGACGACACCACCGACUCGUUCCGCGUCAAAGACCCCGCGCGCUCCGACCGCACCGCCGUCCGGCUCGCCGACGCGCGAGCCGUGCCGGGCACGGACGACGACGUCAUUUUGGUACCGCUCUCGCAGGAGCCAGACCCUGCACGCUAUGCACUUGGCGAGGCGCGCGACUCGUCGACGAGCGCGCUGGAGCGAGCAGCGGACGGGUUGCGUCUAGAGGGGCGCACGGCAGACGACGAGCCGGCGGCGGUCACGGCGGGCAGAUGA